CGCGCACCUAUAGCCUAUUCUGCAAAACCAACUCGAGUUGGAGACGAGGCACAAAAAGUUAACCUUUGCCGUCGUACGCAGUGAAGGAACUUCAGCAUAGAGUAGCAUAAGCUAUCGAGGAAGCAUUAAUAACAAAUAUAGUUGCUAUCAUCACCAUGUGACGUUUGCGACCGUUUUUAUCCUGGAGUAUGACAGAUACAAUGUCUAGACUGUCCUCGGUUGCUUCUCUUCGACUACCAGCCAUUCAGCACCCGUUAUCAAGACUCAUAGACCCAGAAACCCUCUCUCUCAGAGGCUACUCCAGAGAUUACGCUGGGAGUGACGAAGUUGUACCGCCGCUGUUGCGGGAUGGGGACCUCGACUUUGUUUUCCGAGGUCAAAACACAAGAAGGGCCACAGGUUAUCCUUAUGACAAGGCUCCGCCGAAGCAGAGCGGUUUCAGCCUGGUCUCGCAGCCAAUCCCCGAAGGAGUCGAAGUCUCAGUAGCCCUUGAUCCGGUUAAACUACGGCUGCCCAUCUUUGGUCAGCGGGUGGCACCAGAGAGCAGGGGGAGCCGAGUCACCAGCCUAACCAGUACCAUUAAAACCAGCAUCACCAGCCAAACCAAUACCAGCAGAACCAGUAUCCUUACCAGAACUACUACCGCAGCCUCCUGCCAUGAGGCCCAGCUCAGGAUCCAAGUGGACCAGCUUGAGCACGAGCUAAGGCAGAACAUUCAGUUGUUAGGACACUUGAACCUUCAACGAAUGUUCAAGAACAACCAUCCGGACGGAAAAGCACUGGCCAACAGAGAUGUGUUGCUGAUGAUCCUCACCAAGUUUCUGGGCCGAUUCAUCACACUGCAGCAGUACAGCCAGUUGCUGCUCCGACUGCAUUUGUCGAAGAAGGCAGCCAUUAGCUUUGAGGAGCUGUGGGAGGCCAUAAGAGAGUCUGGAGCAGGUGGACCAGCCACUUGGUUUAACCCCACCCAGGAUCCCAGCACAGCCCCUCCCCUUUCUCCAGCUAAAGUCACAGCCUCUCAGACCCUAUCCCUAUUGCGGGGACAGGCCCAGAACAGGUUCCUGGAGGUCAUAGAGUCACGUCCCACAGAGCUCGGCCUACAGAGGAUCAGUUUGAUUGUAGCUCCAGAGCUGAAGAGAUGUCUUGCACAGUUGGGCCUCAACUUAGAGGACCGGGAGUUUGAGAAGCUUUGGAAGAAGUGUGUUUCCCCCCUCAAAAUCUCUAUAUAUAUAUAG